CCCUUGUUGAGAGCCGUUUACUAGGACUUGGCCUCUCGCGCUGGGGCCUAAGCCUCCUUCCCUGCUGCGACGACUCAGCCGGGCAGCGUCCGGUAGGCUCCAGGCGGCCAGAGCCACGCUAGGCGGAGACCUAGCGGUGCGUUGCGGGGCGUCAGGGCACCCUGCCUCCCUUUUCUGCUUAGCUCGGGGCUUUUGAGUUACAGGUGACUCUGAAUUUUCCAGCUGCAGAAUGUGUAGUACCUUAAAAGGUUGGCAAUGAUGAGUAAACUGGAAUUAAAGGAAGACAAGAUGCUGGAGGUUCAAUUUGUGGGAGAUGAUGAUGUUCUUAAUCACAUUCUUGAUAGAGAAGGAGGAACUAAAUUAAAGAAGGAGCGAGCUCAGCUUUUGGUCAACCCUAAAAAAAUAAUAAAGAAGCCGGAAUAUGAUUUGGAGGAAGAUGGCCAGGAAGUCUUAAAAGAUCAGAACUAUGUAGAAGUUUUGGGAAGAGAUGUUCAAGAGUCCUUGAAAAAUGGCUCUGCUGCAGAUGGUGGGAAUAAAGUAUAUUCUUUUCAGACUAGGAAACACUCGGAAAAAAUGGCUAAAUUAGCUUCAGAACUAGCAAAAACACCAAGAAAAAGUGUUUCAUUCAGUUUGAAGAAUGAUCCUGAAAUUAUGAUAAACAUUCCUCAAAGUAGCAAAGAGCAUUCUGCUUCAGACAAAGUUCAGCUGAAGAACAAUGACAAAAGUGAAUUUCUGUCAACAACACCUCAUAGUCUAAGAAAAAGGUUAAUUGUUUCAAGGUCCCAUUCUGACAGUGAAAGUGAGUAUUCUGCUUCCAACUCAGAGGAUGAUGAAAGAGUUGCACAGGAAUAUGAAGAGGACACUAACACAGUUGUAUUCAGCCAGAAGAUUCAAGCUCAGAAUAGAGUAGUUUCAGCUCCUGCUUGCAAAGAAACACCUUCUAAGAAAAUGAAAAGAGAUAAAACAAGUGACUUGGUAGAAGAAUAUUUUGAAGCUCAUAGCAGUUCAAAAGUUUUAACCUCUGAUAGAACACUGCAGAAGCUAAAGAGAGCUAAACUGGAUCAGCAAACUUUGUGUAAAUUAUUGAGUAAGGUUUCUCCUUCCUUUUCGGCUGAACUUAAACAACUAAAUCAACAGUAUGAAAAAUUAUUUCAUAAAUGGAUGCUGCAGUUACACCUUGGGUUCAACAUUGUUCUGUAUGGUUUGGGUUCUAAGAGAGAUCUACUAGAAAGAUUUCGAACCACCAUGCUGCAAGAUUCCAUUCACGUUGUCAUCAAUGGCUUCUUCCCUGGAAUCAGUGUGAAAUCAGUCCUGAAUUCUAUAACAGAAGAAGUCCUCAAUCAUAUGGGUACUUUCCGAAGUGUACUGGAUCAGCUAGACUGGAUAAUAAACAAAUUUAAAGAAGAUUCUUCUUUAGAACUCUUCCUUCUUAUCCACAAUUUGGAUAGCCAAAUGUUGAGAGGAGACAAGAGCCAGCAAAUUAUUGGACAGUUGUCAUCUUUGCGUAACAUACACCUUAUAGCAUCUAUUGAUCACCUCAAUGCUCCUCUCAUGUGGGAUCAUGCAAAGCAGAGUCUUUAUAACUGGCUCUGGUAUGAAACUACUACAUAUAGUCCUUAUACUGAAGAAACCUCCUAUGAGAAUUCUCUUCUAGUUAAACAGUCUGGAUCCCUACCACUUAGUUCCCUGACUCACGUCUUACGAAGUCUUACCCCUAAUGCAAGGGGGAUUUUCAGGCUACUAAUAAAGUAUCAGCUGAAUAACCAGGAUAACCCUUCUUACAUUGGACUUUCUUUUCAAGAUUUUUACCAGCAGUGUCGGGAGGCAUUCCUCGUCAAUAGUGAUGUCACUCUCCGGGCCCAGUUAAUUGAAUUUAGGGACCACAAGCUUAUAAGAACAAAGAAGGGAAGUGACGGAGUGGAGUAUUUAUUAAUUCCUGUUGACAAUGGAACAUUGAAUGAUUUCUUAGAAAGGGAAGAAGAGGAGGCUUGAAGCUAUCCUUUACUCUUGAACUUUCCAUGGAAGGGUUGGUGUACCCCAGCUGCCACUCCUCUGGUCAAAAGUGUUGUGUUUACAUCCAACAUUAGAUUAUUUUUCCAGCAUACAAGAUUUAAAAUUGGGAAGAGGAAUGUCAUCAAUUAGAACUUUUUAUUAGCCUGACUGGUGUACUGUCUCUAGUACUAUGCAGCGGUCCUCAUGUUGGAGAAAAUGUGCCUUUCAUUCAUUACCUCUCUGAAGACUUCUUGCUGGAAUGAAGUGUGCUCAGGGACUGUUUGGAACUGGAUGUGUUUGAAUUCUUUUAUACUAGAGAUAUUAUUUCUAAUUUUUUGAGGGCCUUUUAACACUCCUCGAGCUGAUUGUUUGCAAGUGUGCUUGUUCCAGAGUAUGGAAGUAUAAAGGACAUAGGCAUCACGUAAAUCUGCUUUAUUUGCUGUUCCUUGUGUCAGAACUGAAGAGUGUACCGGAGAAGACAGAUCAUUUCUUACUAUUUCUGAAACAACUUAAAAGGUAUAGAUUGGGAAGAAGUAGGUGAUCCAGGUUUCUCCUUUUGGAUUUAGGCUUUAUACUGGGGGUGUGGAGGGGGUAUAUGAUACUAUAUGGUUGGGAUAGCAGGAAAAGCAUAAGAAGUAUAUAGGGUGCUUGCCCAAUCUAGAAAGCACAUGAACAAUAAUUUGGAACAGUUAAUGUAAGUGCCGUGACCUUCAUGAUAUAAGUGGGAAGCCAGGCUAGAAAAAUAAAAUCCUGAAUUACUCCUGAAUCACAUUUUAAUAAUUGUUUUUGAGACAAAAAGCAAAAACAUUUCAUUAUUCUUGUAUACUGACAUAUUCUUUUCUUGAAUAACUUGCAGAUGAGCAGUAUAUUAAUGGAUGGCUGUAAAUUAAUCUUGAUUCUGCCAUCAAGUAGACCUAAAAUUAACUGUAAAAUAUUUCCAUUUUUUUUUCUAAAUAUUUACAUGAUCCUUUUUUCUUAGGAAAGAAAAAAAGGCUAACCUUGGCCCCUGUUGUCAGCUUAGUCUUCACAUAUGAAAUAUGUCAUAUUUGGAAAUGAAAUUCUUUGUCAAAAUAUCACUGCAAUAAAAUAGGUACUGCAUCAGCAUUUCUCAUUCAUUUCUUAUCUUGUAAACUCCUUUUAAGAAAGGGGUUUCCAAAAAUGCUUGGAAUUUUCUUAUAACUUCUUUAUGGUAUAUAAUUCAGUAACUUUAAGUCCAUUUAUUAAGGGUCUAGUCUUAAAUAUAACUACUAAUUAAAAUAUUUAAAUUUGUACAUGAAUAUGAUUUUUAAAAAAAUUUUUUUAGUAGUAUCAAAGGAUAUUAAACGAAAGUGAAUUUCCUUCCCAUUCCCUAUCCCCAAGUCCUUUAGGCAGCCACUGAUAAUAGUAUAAAUAUUCUUCAGAGAUAGUCUAUGCAUAUGUAAGGUUAUCUGUCUCUUUCCUCUUAAAAACACAAAUGGUAACAUAUACUUGCUGGUUUGCACUUUGCUUCUUUUGCUUAAUAUAUCUAGUUUAUAAUAACUAUUACAGUAUAAAAAAUAUACAAAACUUUUAUGGACCUAAUAUGCAAAUUUUUGCAUUUACCCUUAAAUAUCUAGUGGUUUAUUUUUGUAAUUUUUGUGUCUAAUCUAUUUGUGAGCAGUGUCAGUAGACUUUACUAAUAAAUAAAAAGUGUAAUAGACUUUAUUAAUUAUUAAUAAGUAAAAAGCCUAUUUGGAUAGAAUCACUUUUUAAAUUUUUUAGUGCUGAAAAUAUCUUGAAGUGCUUCUAAAGAAAUUUUGUGAGUGCACCUUACGGAUCUGGUGAAGAUCUUGGCAGAAUUAUUGUUAUGUAUGCUCUUCAUUAACUUGUGUCAGCGUCAGUGUUCUUAAGCUCUAGCAGUUUUGUCUUGACUGCUAAGGCUCUAAUUUCAUUGUCUGUGUUAACUUGCUUUUGACACAACUGAACAGACCCGAAACUUUGAAAAGAUUUUCUGGGUGCUCUUAAUAAAAUGGCAAAAAACA